UCGAUGAAAUAAUUUUCAAGUGAUUUUAAAAAUCGCGAAUCCCGGUGGUUCAUGGCGGCCAUUUUCAAUGUCCAUUGACCACGGCGGCCUCUUUUUCCGGUUCCACUUCACGUAGGACGCACGGAACAAUGAAGGCUAAGGGAGAAUUGAAGGAAUUCGAGGUGAUCGGGCGUAAGCUCCCCACAGAGAAGGAAAAGGUAACCCCAUUGUACAAAAUGAGGAUAUUUGCUCCUGACGCUAUCGUGGCCAAGUCUCGAUUUUGGUAUUUCCUCCGUCAGUUAAGGAAAUUCAAGAAAACGACGGGAGAAAUUGUUAACCUCAAACAGAUCCCAGAGAAAACUCCGAUAAAAAUAAAGAACUUUGGUAUUUGGUUGAGGUACGACUCCCGUUCCGGAACUCACAACAUGUACAGGGAAUACCGUGACUUGUCAGUAAGCGGAGCUGUUACACAGUGCUACCGUGACAUGGGGGCUCGUCAUCGCGCCAGAGCUCAUUCCAUUCAGAUAAUCAAAGUCGAGGUUGUAAAGGCUGGAAACUGCCGCAGACCUCAAGUCAAGCAGUUCCAUGAUUCCAAAAUCAGGUUCCCGCUGCCAAAGCGUAUUCAACACCGCAAUCGUAUGCCUCUAUUCAGCGUACGCAAACCACGCACCUAUUUCCUUUAAGCAAUUUGUAUUUCUUCGGUGUAUUCAUUUGAGAAAUAUAAUCACUUAUAAGGGAAAUAAACAUUUUUAAACUAUCCUA